AUGGCGGCUUUGGAGAAUAUGGCUGCUACUAUGCAGACCACUGCAGAGGCUCUUGGGCAACAGAUAAACAAUAAUGUCAAUGGUGGAAGGGAAGCUCAGGGCCCGAUGACACUGGCUGUUGAGGCGAAGAAUGACCGUCGGGAGUCCCACCGCAGGGAGCACAAUCAAGAAUACCCAACAAGGGGUCAAGAGUUUAAGAGAAGAGGAUACCCACAACGUUUUCCUCAAAGGCGAAAUGACUUUGCGACGAGUGAGGAGUCCCAAAGAAACGGUAAGGGAAAACGGGCAGCGGCUGCUUCUGAUGUUUCGAGCUGUCAGAGAUGUGGAGGUCAUCACCCAAAUAGACCGUGUCGUUAUGGUUCGGGUUUGUGUUACAAUUGCGGAAAGCUAGGACAUGUGGUCAGAGAUUGCCCACACCGGAAGGAUCGGGAGACUGCCAGGUCCGAUUUUCGUACCUAA